AUGUCGACCUCCCUGCCACUGCCCCGGAUCUGGGAUCAUAUGCCCAACCCUUUCAACUCGCCACCCUCCUCGCCUUUAUCCGAUCCAGAAGACGACGACCAGGACAGUAUCUCCAAGAUGAAACUCCUCGACCUGAAUGACAGGUCGAUGCACCACCCAUUCGAGGGCAAUAUCAUGGCUGCAACAAGGGGAAACGGCCUGUCCGAGGAGGAGGAAGCUUUUUUCGCCAGCAGGAUGGCAAGCGAGACGGCGAGGAGCGAUGACGGGCCAAUGGGCCUCUUGGAUUGGCUCGAUAUUGAGGCGGGGGCGAAAGCAGAGGAUGAGGUUGUCACGGGGGGGUGGGGCGUUAAGGAGAUCUUGGGCGAUGCCGAGACCGAUGCGGCCAACCGUAUUCAGGCUCGGGAGUUUCUUAAGGAAACAGCAUCGAAUUUCUUUGUGCAGCUGCCCUAUCAUUUGAGGUUGCGCCACACCAAGGAUUUCGACCAGACAAUGGCUGUACCCCCACCCCACCAAGUGCCCAUCGUGCCAGCCCAGAACGUCCGGCUGCCACUCAUUGACUCUUCAUCUGGCUUUUCCGUCGACCUCAUCUUCAGAUGGGACCAUGGUCUUCCCCCAAGUCAGCAGAUUCUGCCCGAGGACAUUUGCCGCGCUCUGCGCGUCAUGAAAGACCUCUACCAGAUGAUCACUCAAGGACACUACCAGUCCAUGAGGUCCAUUUGGUAUACCUCCCGGAGGCUCUUUGGCACCAAGGAAGCGACAUACAAACUGAUCGAAAGUGUUAUCGCCACGUCGGGUCUCCGCCGAAGGGACUUUUUCACUGGGUCCGAGUCCAAAGGCUCAAUCGUCUCUUCGGCUGACCUGUCGUUUGUGACCAGGCGAGGGGAGCGCCUCCGUGUGUCCACGUUCCAGAAAACGUCAAUCCUGGAGGCUGAGAACAUCGCCUCCAUCCAGGGUGGGGAGAAGAGGCCGCAAUGGAUCUUGUUGGCGGAGAGCAGAGCAUUGUUGGAUACUCUCAUCAGGAAUGGUCUGUUCGAGAGAGAGGGGUUGGGGUAUGGCAUAGUGUUGACGGGGAGUGGUCGACUGGAUGGUGCAGCCAAGAGGAUGUUGAGGAUUUUGUCAGACUUUUUCAACAUCGAGAAGGUGUGCGCCUUGGGAGACGCCGAUGUUGGUGGGGUCGAGAUCAUCAACACCGUCGCUUUCGGGUCUAUGACCGGGAUGUACUCCCCCGAGCAGAGAGGGCUGGCGAUGGCAGACAAGCUGGUGUGGAUUGGGCUCCGACCUUCCCACUGGGGACGGUUCAAUUUCAAAGGUUCAAGCUGGCAGGCCCUCACUCCGAAGGACAAGACCAAGGCAGGCUUUCAAUCCCUUGCUGCUACUUCAUAA